AUGACAGCCCUUCGACAGAUGUCUUCAGAGGAAAGAGAGGAUCUCAUCACAGGAAAGAAGCCGAAAGGAAAAGAAAAAGAAAAGGAAAAUCAAAAUGAUGAUGGUUUAGAUCAACCCUACCUCCCUCGGGACUUAGCUGAAGUCUCAAAGUUCACUCGGAGGAUUGCCGAGGCACCAAUGCCCCAAAAAACAAAGCUGCCUCCAAACUUUGACCAGUAUGACGGAACAAGAGACCCUGAAGAUCAUCUUCAUGCCUUCAGGGGUGCGGGACAACUAGGGCGGUGGCCCAUGACGGUUUGGUGCCAUAUGUUUGUACAAACUUUGACGGAAGGAGCCCGGCUGUGGUUUGACAGCCUUCCUCCAGGAGGAAUUGACAGCUAUGAAGAGCUAAGCGAGAAGUUCCUGAGAAACUUUGGCCAACAGAGAAAAGUGGUCAAAAAUCCAAAUGAAAUUCUGCACAUAAGGCAGAGGGACAACGAGCGAAUAGACCAAUACAUGGAGAGGUUUGUCAAGGAGAGCAUGAACAUCAAGGAUGUCCCGGAGGUCAUGAAGAUCAGCAGUUUCAUAAACGGGCUAAAGCAUGCAAAACUAUGUGAGAAACUGGGGGAAGAGUUCCCUCACUCGUUUGACAACCUCAUGGAUAGGGUCAGAGCCUUUGUCAGGGGAAAAGACACAGUCAGCAAAGCUAAGGAGACGGACGUCACACCCCGAAGGGUCACUCCAGCUGCAAAACUUCUUGACAAAGGUACACCCUAUUCCAGAAAACCUGCUUUUGACAGAAUGUUGCACGAUAGAGCCCGGCCCUCGUACUCCCCAUAUAGGCCUCGGAGGAGAGGCCCACCCCCUUACUCUGACAGUUUCACCCCUCUCACCAAAACACCGAGCGAAAUACUAGCCACGGAGAGGGUGAAAAACUCCUUCCCAAGGCCACCACCCAUAAAACCUGGUCCAAAGGCACAACCAAGCGAAUACUGUGAUUUUCACAAAGGAUUUGGCCACAAAACAGACGACUGCAUGUACCUAAACAGAGAAAUAGAGGCCGCAGUGAAAACGGGAAGACUGGCCCAUUUGGUUAAGGAAAUUAAGGAGGGAGGAGGGGAUCGCAAAGGGAAAGAUGCAAGGGAGCCUGGGAGGGCAGAUGUAGAUAUGAUUAGAAGGAGGAAUGAAUUUGAUACUACCCGAAGUGUAAAGGCCAGAAUCCUGGGCUCCCCAGACUGCAUGAGAGCUCCCAUCCUCAUGCCACACUUGGAGGAAAACGAAGUGCAACAACUCCCCCUCAACAUCUCAGCCAUAAUAGCUGGUCACAAGGUAUCACGGAUAUAUGUGGAUGGGGGAUCCGGAGUUGAAGUAAUAUAUGAGCAUUGUUUCCUCAGAUUUGACAGGGAUGUAAGAGACCGGCUCGAAGAAGAUUCUAUCCCCUUAGUAGGGUUCAACAAUAGUGUGUCACACCCCUUGGAAAAAAUCAGACUCCCAUUCACAGUUGGGGUAGGGGACCGCGUUAGAACUAUAAACCUAACUUUCACAGUGGUCCGAGCACCCUCCAAAUACAACGCCAUACUGGGAAGGCCUGGAAUUGGAGAUUUACAAGGACAUGCAUCCACCCCACACGGAGCCUUAGUAUUCCAGACACCAAAGGGCUUGGCCUGGGUAAAAUCCUCAUAUGAAGUAGUUUCUUUGGUGUCUGAGGGGGAAGCACCCGGGAAGCCCCAGAAGGAGGGGGUCGAAGAAUGGGUCCUUUGUGACAGGUUCCCAGAGCAGACGAUUAAAGUAGGGAGCCACCUAAGCGACAAGUGUAAAAGUGCCCUUAAAACAUAG